AUGCUGAGGUACCUCUGGGCGACCCUAUACUCCCUGAUUUCCUGGGAGACACUCCGGGACGCCAGCCCGAGCCCCUCAGAUUGCCUCAGCGCGCCCUCACUCCCCGCCCUCGCAGCCUGCUACGCCAACUACACCGUCCCUGCGGCGCACUACGACGCCGCGUCCUACGCGACCGCGCAGCCCAAGGACUACGAGGUAUUAGCCUUCCGCGCCGCCAUACAUCGCAUGCUGGACAUCUCAAAUGGCGCCGCGGACUGCUUUGGGACGGAGCUGCCGGUCGCGCUGCAGUCGAUUUACAGCGUGCACUCGUUCGUGGACCAGGAGAAUGGGGAGGCGUAUUGCGUGUUGGCGGAGAAGCACAUCUUGAAUGGAUCAUAUGCGUAUGGGUGGGGCUUCAUGGCCGUUCCGGAUAAGAAAAUCACGCCUGGGCGUUACUCGGCUCUUCAACACCCUCGCAUCGACGUCCACCUCUCUGCGCCGCACCCGUGGUUCGAUGGGCCUGUGGACACUCAAGCAGCUUCCCUGUUUACCCAGGCGCGUGCUCGGAGUCUAUUCAUUUCUGGUCGACACCGGCGCGCGUUCGAGGCGCCCUCGGACUGCGAAGCAGAAUCGCCAUCGGGGACGAUAUACUACGCUACGGACCCUGCACACAGCACGGUGGCCAUCAAGGACUGGCAGGAUGCGCACGGCGGCGGCGGCUGCCCGACCGCGUCAUGCGCGUACAUCCAGUUCCACGGCAAGGCCGAGACGUCAUGCCCACAGGACGUGGCAUUCAUCUCCAGCGGUCUCGGCCACGACCCCGCCUCCCUCGCCUGGUACCUCAAGACCGACCUCCCCGCCCGCCGCCUCCAAGCCGCCCUCACCGACGCCUUCCCCGCGUGGAAAAUCUCCCUCCCCACGGAUUCGCCCUGCAUCCUCACCGCCUCCAAGACAGUGUUCGGGAAGUACGUCAACGGCGUGCCGCUGGGCGAGCUGUGCGGCACGGUUGCGACGCCGGAGAAAGCGACGGGGGCUUUUGUGCAUGUUGAGCAGGCGAUUGAGGCGAGGGGGGAGGGGGCGUAUGAGGGGCGUGCGAGUUUCCUGCGAUUUGGCAUUGUGCAGCGGAGCGUCGGCGAGUACGAUACCACGGUCUCCGCAUCGUCGUCCUCGUCCUCUUCCUCCUCCGCGCCCAAGCGGUUGAUAUCGAUGCGAAGGGCAGGGCGAGAUGAAGAUGUGCCCAUCCGACUCCUCCUGGGGCGCAUCGGGCGGGCGGGGAUGACCUGCGGUGCCGUCGCCUCGGCCGCCGCGGAUUUGGUGGGAUGCGGGAGGAAGGCGAGCGCGGCGGCGAGCUGGGGGAGGGACGACGAGGAGCAGCCGAGGGCGCGCGGGUGCACGUCGCCCACGGAGCGGCGCUUUGAGGCGGGUGUGGGCGUGGGCGGCGCGUCGUCGUCAGUGAUCGUGCGACCGCCGCGCUCAGGCAGGGCGCAUGUAUUAGCGGCGACGACGAUCGGGGUGCGGUCGUACUCGGAGGGUGGGUGGGCAGAGUAUGUGCGCGAGAGCGAGGGCGUGGGCGGGAAGUGGACACCGCGCGCGGCCUCGCAGGGCGUCGACGCCGGGUCUUUCAAGAUCGGGCGGGGACUAGAAGGCAUCUUGCAAAAUUAUGGAGGGUAUAGGGGUGUAGGAGGGUGUCGGUCAGCGGCAUCUGGCAGCGACCAGUCGGCCGAGCCCGACCUCCCUCGGGCUGGAAUAUCUGCCUCGUUUUCCAGCGAAUUUGUAGACCUGCGUGAAGCCUUUCACGGAUGCAUCGAUCUCCGCCCGCUGGCCAUACUCCCUCCACUUCGUCUGACAGGAGAUACGGUCGCGCACAGGUUGUUACGCGCCCAGGGCAAGACUUGCUUCGACAUCACUGAACCAACAGCGCCUUAG